AUGGCCACCAUGUACGACGGACUCGACGCCUCCCAGAUCCACGCCCUCGCUCUCGGCGACGGCCGCAAGAAGGCAGCCGAGGCGAUCAUGAACCUCGGUUUCUCCAUCUGGACUCCCCUCUGCGAUCCCGAGGUCAAGGCCGCGCUCAAGAAGGCCUACAACCUCUACCUCAGCAAGGCGCCCCCUCCCACCGACUACCCGACCCUCUCGCUCACCGAGUUCGUCGGCAAGUACUCCGAGAUGGCGUUCAAGGCGCUCGAAGAGAACCUUUGCAGGGACAUCGGUCUCAGCGCCGCCGUGCGCAAGUUGCCUCGCCUCUCGCCCCUCUUCACUUCCAUCCCCCUUGUCAUUCUCGACCCCCUUGACAUUAAUGCCACUCCACCUGCCACUCCUGAACUCAAGCCCAAGCGCAAGGCAGUUCCAGGCCCACUUCGCUCGUACCGCUACAAGCCUUACUGA